CGUUUCGAGGCGAGGCCGGAAGUGACGCGCUCCCAGCAGCUUCCUGUAUGCUGAGGCGUUUAUGGUUGGGCGCUGGGUGGUGGCCGCCGCACUGAUUUAUCUCCCGAGCCGUGCUGGUGCAGCGGGAGCCGCUCUGUCCGCCUGAGGCCGCCGCUCACACCGCCUCCACCCCCCCUGGGACACUGCGCUCGCAGCCCCCGCUCUCUCAGGCUCUCCUCGGCUUUCCCGCCCGGGACACCGGCCGCUUCGACGCCAACCAUGCAGGCCAUCAAAUGUGUGGUGGUUGGGGACGGGGCUGUAGGUAAAACAUGCUUGCUGAUCAGUUACACUACAAAUGCAUUCCCUGGCGAGUACAUCCCAACUGUGUUCGACAACUAUUCUGCAAAUGUUAUGGUGGAUGGAAAACCUGUUAACUUGGGCUUGUGGGAUACAGCUGGACAGGAGGAUUAUGACAGACUACGUCCUUUAUCUUACCCACAAACGGAUGUAUUCCUAAUUUGCUUUUCACUCGUCAGCCCGGCUUCGUUUGAAAAUGUCCGUGCCAAGUGGUAUCCAGAGGUGAGACACCAUUGCCCUAACACACCCAUCAUUCUCGUGGGCACCAAACUUGAUCUGAGAGACGACAAAGACACUAUUGAGAAACUGAAAGAGAAGAAGCUUACGCCCAUCACCUACCCUCAGGGCCUUGCCAUGGCAAAAGAGAUUGGUGCAGUGAAGUACUUGGAAUGUUCUGCACUUACACAGAGAGGUCUGAAGACUGUGUUUGAUGAGGCCAUUCGAGCAGUCCUCUGUCCACCACCAGUCAAGAAGAAGAGGAGAAAGUGCCGUAUUUUGUAGAUGUUACGCCAGUCACCCUGAGCUUGCAAGCUCACAUGGGAUUAUUGAGACUCAAAAUGCCAACACCCAGCCCUAUUUGUAAUAAUUCAUUUUUUUUUUGUCUAUACAAUCUGUCAUUCUUAUGGUUUUCUUCACCCUCUAAAAAUGAACAUAUUUUAUUUCCCUUUUCUUCCAAACUCCAUUAAAAUACCAACCUGAAUAACAGAUCAGUCCUAUUUAGCCUUAGUUUUCCAGAAACUGUUUCCACUUGCGUAAACUAAUCAAACGUUGCCAAAACAGCCACUGAACCCGGUUAAAUAUUUCUGUUCUUCAAGCGUUAAGCCAUUAACCUUUGGGGUGUCGGAGGUGUAAGGCAAGGUGUUGCCUCUAACCCCCUACAACAUGCAAAGAAUUUUAAAAAUAUAUAUAUUAAAGACAUGUCUUUUUACUCCAGUUACCAGUUACUUGUUUUUGUUUUGUUUAAACGAAAUAAAUAUGUACUUAAAUAUGAAACUGGUGAAUAUGGCCACAGUAGGCAGGGUUCUUACCGCGUAUAUUAAAACACUUUAUUAACCUUAAAUCCUUGUAUUGCAUUGUAAAAUCUAAACGGUUAUUUAGGAAUGUUAGAUCACUUGUGUAUCUUUUUACUGCUUGGGUUGAAAUAAAGUUAAUUGGUUAAAGGGUACUUAUCUGUUCCUUUGGGGGGAGGGGGAGAAUAAUAACUGUAUUAAGACAGAAGUGCAAACGAUUUCAGAUUUCUAGUGGUGUGGCAGAGAGCAGCAGUAUUUAAAUGUGACACUACCGCUUCCGCUUUGGAAACAAACUAAACAUCACAUGUGCUCUGAGUGUUGUAGGAAAGGUUGCUAUGAGUAAGUACUUAAUUUCUUUUAAUUUUUUUUUUAUGUUUAAUAGGGCAUUUUAUUUUGGUUACCUCAUUACUGGAGAGGUGCCCAGAAUGGCAUGGGUUAGUUUGAUCUAGCUAUCGUGUGCACACUGACAGAUUGAUUCCAGGGGUUGUAGUCAGAGCAGGUUGAUAAUUCAGCAUUAUGGACUCCAUUUGUGUGCCUUUCUGGCAAGGAACAAAAGUGGGUUCUUACGGUUAAUAAUGGUCAUUCCCACAGAUUUUAAGAUGUACAAGAUAUCCACGUUGGCUUGCUCGUAGACUUCUAAAUCAUGUAUUUUAAUAUCUGCUAUUGUAACUAGCGUUUUGUAAUAUCUGAAAGUUAAACCUAAUACUGUUUUCAUGUUUCCUUUGCUUAAAGGGUGCAAUCGAUGGCCUUUCUUUAACACGGUGUAAAAAUCAUGUGGCACAGUUAUUCAAUUGUAGUUUUUGUUUUUCCCAUGUAUAUGCUUUUGUCAUUCUUCUAAAGCAUAUCAUAGUGAUAGAAUGGUUACACAAAACAGUAAUGAUUAUUAAUUUUAAUUAUUCCUCCAGUUUUGUGAACUUUUUCUUGCUUUCAUGAGUUCUGUUAUCUUGGUUCUGUGACGUCUUAAUUAUAGAGCAAGUGUUAACAAUCUGCUAGUGUUUAGGGGUGUGCAUCAAACAUUACAAACUGAACCUUUCUACAACUCGAACAAAAUUUAAAGAGCAUUUACGAAUGUUUAACAAUUGUGAACAGUGUUUUUACAUUGAUCUUUUGCUAAUGCAAGUUAGUGUUUUACAUGCAUGUUUGAAUUAAUAAAUCCUUAAACCACAAAAA